AAAUAUGGCAGUUUGUGUGUAGGGGAAAUGGGUUGUUUGUGUCUGCGAUGCAACGCGGAAUAAUUAAUUUUAAUUGCUGAGCAAUUACAAAUGUUACAAAACGUAAAUAACGUGCGUUGGUAUAACCUAAAAAACGGAGUUGGGGGCGGCAACGUUCAAACUGUUGUGAAAAAACAAACGCCAGAAAAAUGUUUAGGUUCUUGAGUGGCCGAAAGACCCGAAACGCCAGCAGCAACAACAAAAACAUAAAUAAAAACAUAAAAAAUGUGAUCCAGUGCAAAGUGGUCCUUUUGGACGGCACCGAUUUGUCUGUAGAAUUAUCGAAAAAAGCAAAAGCGAGGGACCUUUAUGAGCAGGUGUUCUAUUCCCUCGACCUGAUCGAGAAAGACUAUUUUGGUCUGCAAUUCACAGACGCCAAUCAUGUCAAACACUGGCUGGACCCCACCAAAACUAUUAAAAAACAGAUUAAAAUUGGUCCUCCAUACACACUCAGGUUGAAGGUCAAGUUUUAUUCCUCGGAACCGAACAAUCUUAGGGAAGAACUGACCCGCUAUCAGUUCUUUUUGCAGCUCAAACAGGAUAUCGUCGAAGGCAAGCUUACUUGCCCUCCCGAAACGGCCGUUAAAUUGGCAGCAUAUGCCUUACAAUCGGAGUUGGGAGACUAUGACGAAACGCAGCACACUGCAGCCACGGUAUCGGAAUUCCGUUUCGUUCCGGAUCAAACUGAAGAAAUCGAAAUUGAUAUCCUCGAAGAGUUUAAAAAGUGUAAAGGACUCUCGCCGGCUCACGCUGAACAAGCCUACCUUAACGAAGUGAAGUGGCUAGACAUGUACGGUGUCGACAUGCACACUGUUUUGGGCAAGGACGGAAUGGAAUACAGACUCGGUUUGACGCCCACCGGCAUUCUUGUCUUUGAGGAGCCGAACAUAAAAAUUGGCCUCUUCUUCUGGCCGAAAAUAAGUAAACUCAAUUUUAAGAAGAAGAAGCUAACGUUGGUCGUCAUCGAGGACGACGACGAAGGGCGGGAACAGGAACACACCUUUGUAUUCAGGCUUCAUAACGAGAAAGCCUGUAAACAUUUGUGGAAGUGUGCGGUCGAGCACCACGGAUUCUUCCGGUUACGCGCGCCGGUGAAGGGCCCGUCAGCGAAACAAAAUUUCUUCCGGAUGGGCUCGCGGUUCCGAUACUCAGGCCGGACGGAGUAUCAAAGCACCUACCAGAACAGGGCUCGCAGGACCGUGCAACUCGAGCGGAAACCCAGCCAGAGGUAUGGGCGGAGGCAGAGCCACGUGUUAAGGGAGAGACAGAAGCAGCAGCAGGGCCAAACCAGCGAGAGUACCGAGAGUACGUCGUCCAAAACACACGAUGGCUUCCAGCCGUCGUCGAGCAGAUGCAGCGAACGUUCGACCAAGUCCAGCGCGACCAACACAACCGAAGAACCCCUUUAUUGCCAAGUCAAGGAUGAUCUGACCAAGAGCCUGACACCCACCCCCUCUAGGCCGUGCUCCUUGGGCGUGACCGGCCAGAAUAGUUUCGGCAAGGGUUCAGUGGGGCAGAGUUCCUUCGGCAAGGGAUCGUCGCGAGGUAGUUCCCAUUACAGUCCUGUACCGUCCAUUGGCAGCAAGAACGGAACCCUGCGGAAAAACAAGGCGGGAACGCCGACCGGGGCGGGGCCCCCCGUCAGUCCGACACCGUCUUCGAACGCGGACAGCCAGCUCGAUUUUCUCCUCAAGAGUCUCGCGAAAGAGUCGCUAACCGGGGUUAGCCGCGACGAAUCCAGGAAUAAGUUGGAAACAGAAAAUGUUAGCGGGGCUAAGUCCCUGCCCGCCGAGAUCCCCAAUAACAUCACAAAGGCUUCCAACGUUGCCAAACCGCUCCCACCAGGGCAGAUCAAGUGCAACAUACUCAAAGCGAGACUUGAAGAAGAACUCCAAAACUCGAAACUGACGAACCAAAUGUUCGUGCAGGCCCCCAAGGACGAGGACACUUCGCUGAAUGCCGCCACUUUCAUAUCGGUGGGCGGGGACAAACUGACGCUCACUGUCAGCGGUCCGCCGAGCAUCGAACCCGUGAAAGAGCCGGUCAAGCGAUGCACCACGCCGAUCACGGUGACGUUUUUCGGACAGGCAAUGAACGACGGCAAACUGGAAGUUUGCCAGGUGAACAACACGACCGACAAGACCGAGCAACGAGGUGCGGAGGAAGAGCUUUCGCUCAACCCUUUCACCAAUUAUCUGUCUUCGAGCUCGCUGAACCCGUUCAGCGGCGCCAACAGCGUGAUAUUUAACAGAAACAACCCCUUCGUCGAGAAUGGAGCCGACGAACAAGUUGACGGGUUAAAGGGGACAAGACAUGAUGACGAGGAGGAGGGGCACGAGAAAUGUAGCGAGGAGGUGAAGGUUCAGGAGAAACCACCCACACCAAUGAGCCCAAACUUGAGCAAGUUGUCGCCGUGGCUCGUCUCCCAGGAAGUGAUAUCGUCCCCGGUAGCUAAAGUGAAUACGACCGAAACGGCUAUUAUUCGAAAAUCGGUCGUGACUACCCAACUUUGAGUUGGUCAUAUUGACGAAGACCUCUUACUUGACAAAAAUGUCCGUUACCGCGCGGGAUAUUGUGCCAAAAUAGCCAUAUAUAAGCCAUACGCUAAUAGCCCUCUCAUAAAAAAAUCAUACAGGUUAAGUUAAAAAAACAAAACCAUACGGGUGUACCGUGACGGACAUUUUUUCGUAUCUGGUCUUGCAGAUCACUAAUUGCUAGUAUAUUUGCCCUACCGGCUCAAAAUAUUUUGGGUGGUAGUUGUAGGACUUAUAAACAGAAUAUCGAAGAUAGGUUCGAGGGAGAGAGAAGAAGAGCUAUUAUGGGCAAAAGAAUGUUGCAAAUUUAUUAAACCUCCGUUUUUGGUUGGUUUUUGUCCCUAAUAGCGCAAUCUUUCGCCCGCCGUCUCUAUUUGUUCCGUUUAAAGGUCAUUGAGGUAGUCACGCAGACCGCUAUUAUUAUACUGUUGAAUCUCUUUUAGGUGACCGUCAUUUUAUUCGGUACCUUGUUUUUUUUUUGUUUGUUCUCUCUACGUGCAUUUUAUUAUGUUUAGAAGUUCUCGACUUUUUAACUUAUAUAAUUUUUAUGCAGUCUCAGUAUUUAGCUAGUUAAUCGCUUCAUCAUUUGAUAUAAAAUUCCAUUUGUGGCCGCCGGCUCAUUAUUUUAGGUAAUCGUGGUUUCUAACGCCCAAGUGCCAUUCUGCAAUUUGUAUGACUCUAUAGACUCUAUGCAUCCGUCCUUAAAAAUCGAUAUAUUUCUCAAUAAAGUUUAUCUAUGUUUUCUACCACGUUUUUCAUUGUCGUUACUUCAUGCCAUCCUUGAAAGUAGUUAAUACCUAACAUUUUUUGCAGCUUAAGAUUUUUUAUAAGGUAACGG